AUGUUGUUUUUAUCUAUCGCUUUCAUCUGUUUCAUAAGUCAUCCAUUAUUCGCUGUUGAGUUUAGCAUUUAUAAUAGUGCAACUGAAAUUCGACAAACUCGCAGUGGUGUUGGUACCUGUCAACAUUAUUUUAAAAAUGAUGAAUAUGCAAAUAUAAUUGAGGGUACAAUUAGUUGGGAUGGAACAUCACUUCUCAAACAAGAACUAUUUAAUACGAUUGAUACACUUCAAGAUGCUUUAGUUACAGUACGACCAUCAACUCCAUGUCCAUGUAAGAAUAUAGAAGCACAAGUUGUCGAUCCAAAUACAAUGUUGCUAAGAAAUUUGGAAACAAAAGGUUAUUUUUAUGCUGACAGUCGUUCAAUUGAAUACAAAUCUGUAAGACCCGAUGAUGGUGGUACAUCUUUACGAUUGGAAUUUAAAAAGAAAGGCGCAAAUUAUACUGGAACAUUAUCAUAUUUAAUGAGAGGAAUAUCAUGGUCUCCAAAUUAUGAUUUAUUUAUUAAAGAUGCAGAUACUUGUAAUCUUCGAGCUUAUGCUAAUAUUCGUAAUAAUCAACAACAAGAAUAUCAAGUUGAUAAUACUUAUUUAUAUAGUGGUGAUAUUCCAUUAGUAAAUAAUUAUGUAUCAGAUAUGUCUUAUUCAAUGAUGCGAAAAGGAGCAUCACCAGAAUUUGCUGCUGCAUCAUCUAUUCAAUAUGGUGGUGAACAGCAAGGUUUUUAUUUUUAUUCACUGAAUGAUAAAUAUACUUUAUAUUCAAGAAGUUCAAUUCGUUUACCAUUUAUUACUGUUUAUCCUACAUGUAAAUUUUAUUAUAAAACAGCAACAAGUAUUGGUACUGGACAAUAUAAAGGUGUAUUUCAACGAAAUUAUGAUAUAACACCAGAUCAAUUUUUACCAGCUGGAAUUUUAACUAUUCGAGAUAAUCAAGUAUUAAUGGGUCAAUCAAGUUUACCUGAUGUUCCGGAGAAUUAUCCACAAACGGUUACUCUAGGUCAAGAUAAUGAUGUUCGGUAUACAGUCAAAGGAAAUAUGACAGCAUCAAAUAAAGAUACAACAACAACUACUUGGCAAACAUAUGAACUUAAGUUGACAAUAUCUAAUUAUAAAGAUAAAGCUGUCGAUGGUGAACUUGAUUUUUAUGGAGCUAGUCAAACACGUAUUGAAAAAACAACAUGUAAUUCAGCUACACUUGAUGGAAGCAUGAUUAAUGUACCAUUUCAAGUUAAAAAGAAUGAUAGUUAUCAAUGUCGAAUUACUGUUACUCUCACAUGGGGAUAA